UGAAGGCAUUUUUCGGCAGGAAAACAAAGUACAUGGAGAAAGAGUUGUUUAAUAAUGAAAAUAAUGGUGAAUCUAAUGAAAUAAAUCAAAAUGGCGGGAUAUCUGAUGUGGAAAUGGAAAAAGAACAAGAAAAACUCGUUAGGCUUGGUGUUUAUCCACUGAAACUUAUUUAUCUACAUCCGUUGAAGACUAAAUUAUUGACGCAGCAACUCAUUGGUACUUGGUUCACUUGUUGGGUGCUGGCUUUGUACUAUUGGACUGUGAAAUACAUUUUUUAUGUUCAAUUGACAUCGUUGUCUUGACUCAGUUGAUUUCAUCUUUUGGAUUGUACACAUUGUCAUUAUUAAAAGUAAUCCCUGUGGUUUACUACAACAACAUAAUUUCACGACUGUUAAAAAGUCGUGAUCAAUUCUGGAUAGCUAAAGAUCCAGUAUUAAAACUCCAAGUGUAUAAAAUCUACGCUUCAGCCAAUUACUACGGCAAUUUAUUCGAUUUUCUUGUGCUUUUGACACUGGCAAUGUUCAUGUCGCGGCCAUUUCACGACAAAGGAACAGUUCUGACUCUCCAGUGGUUUGCAGAAGAAUAUUAUUAUUAUGCGUUGAGUUAUCAGACUGUUUUCGCGCUGUUUCUGGUUGCAUUAGUAAUGGGAUUCAAUGGGUUGUUUCUACUAACUAUUACCAAUAUGCGCGCGCAGUUUAUCAUCUUGAAUUGGAACAUACAGAACCACAAGAAUAACGGAUCACCGAAUGAUAUGAAAGCGUUGAUUGGUUUUGUGAAUCAUCAUCGAUUCUUACUCAGUUAUGUCAGAGACAUAGAAAAAGUAUUCAUGAUUCAAUUGUUGGCUUUGUAUUGCCUGACGAUUGCAUCAUGCUGUAUGGAGUUGUACGCCAUUACCGAAACACCGACUACACUGACAGACAAAGCAAGGAGUUUUAUUUAUGUGACGAGUUUACUUGUACAGCUGUCAAUGUUUUGUUUUCCUGCCGGAGAGUUAACAAGCGAAAUUUUUUUGCUGUCUGAAUCUUUGUAUUUGAUGAAUUGGGAAGAUGGCUCGCGUGCGUUGCAAACAUGGCUGCCGUUUGCCUUGCACGCCACUCAACGCGUUGUCGAUUUCAAAGCCGUCGGAUUGAUUACUAUUAAUAAAAUGGCAUUUGUUGAUGUUGGUAAAAGUACGAUUUCUUUCUUGACUUUGAUGAGGAAUAUGAAUCGCUAGAUGCUAGAUGCAAACUAGUUUCGAAUUUAAUAUAUUAAAUCUAAUGAAAGUGAAAGUGGUAUGAAUGUUUGGAAAUAACAUGAGGAAUUGAUAUUGAUACAGCUGGACAAGUUGCGAUAGUGAUGUGCGCGCAGAGUGUGAUUUUACAUGGACACGAAUGUGCACUCACUGACACCAACAAAUAUUUAAUGCGAAUACGUGAAUGCUAGCGACAUCUGUGGACUUAUUUUGGAAUUAUGUUUAAGUACAAUGUUAACAUUUGCUUCAGCACGCAAUUUACUAAAUAACGAAAAAGCGCUUAUAACAGGAAGAAACAAUCAACAUACUAGUAUUUUUAUAAACGCUUCAUCGAUAUAAAUGAACUAAUUUUAAAUGAUAUACAAAUUUUACGGUUGUUAAUAUUACUAUACCAAUUAAUUGAAUGGAUACUACGUUUCAUAAUGAUUUUAUUCAUAUUUAUGCAUUAAACAACGUUUAUUUAACGUAAAUUAAAAGAAUAAAUGCAGGAAUUGGUAAAAGAAACAUUGAAUUCAUGUUUUGUGUUGUUGUUUCAUAUAUUCUGCAUAAAAAAAUGUAAACACACGGGUUCUAGCGUGAUGUUGAUAAGAAAUACUCGCAGGUAUGGCGUGAUCUUCCGCGGACACGAUUGGUGCACGCAAAGAUUCACAUGAAAGAAAUUUAAUGCAAAUAAGUGCAUCGCAGCGCCCUCUGUGGUUUUAUUUUAGUUAUAUGUAAGUACGAUGCGCGCGAAUGUUUCAGCGCACAAGGACAUAACACUUACCAUUUCACUCUUACACUUUCACUUUCACUAUCGCAACAAACAGCAAAUUUUCUGUUAGACACAAACACUGCACCGAUACAAACAACUAAUUUUUUAAAAAAUUAUUUUAAUUGUUUUAAUAGAUUUAAGAAAGAAGAGAACAAUUAUAAUUUGUAAUUAAAAGUAUGUCCCGACAACACAAAGUCUGAGAUUGUACUGAGUUUAAUACGAAUUGAAACGAAAAAACUAAUUCCAAGAGUGCUUUUUCAGCAAAUAUUGUCACGUAGGUU